AUGUUGCAGGUCACACAUCCUGGCAAGGGUAGCCUGGAUUACUACAGGAACGACAGUACGGUGCUGUCCCUGUGUGCAAACCCAGUGAACAGCACAGACUUCAUGUGUGACAAGAGGCAGGUCAGGCAGUUUGCUCAAGCCUUCCUGCCAGUGUUUUUUUGGCUCCUCUUUGCCGUGGGCACAGUGGGGAACACCUUGGUCGUGCUUGUCUAUUGCAAAUACCACUUGAGGAGGAGCAUGAUGGAUCGGUACCUGCUGCACCUGGCCAUUGCCGACCUCCUGCUCCUUUUCACCUUCCCCUUCUGGGCCAAGGCUGCUUCUGACGGAUGGAUCUUUAAGGACUUCAUGUGCAAAGUUGUCAACAGCAUGUAUAAGAUCAACUUCUAUGGCUGCAGCUUGCUUCUAACCUGCAUCAGCUUUGACAGGUACAUCACUGUAGUCCAAGCAAUGAAAGCUAAAACUUGUAAGCAAAGGUGGUUCCUGCGCAGCAGGCUCAUGUGCCUGGCUGUCUGGCUGACAUCUGUGAGCCUGUGCAUCCCAGAAAUCAUUUACAGCCAGAGCACACAGGUGGGUGACGUAACAGUUUGCAAAAUUAUGUACCCACCAAACGUCAGUGUGAUCUUCAGGGUCAUGGUGCUGGCCUUGAAAGUCAUCAUAGGAUUCUUCCUCCCGCUCCUUGUCAUGGUGAUUUGUUACACUCUUAUCAUCAACACCCUCCUACAAGCCAAAAGAUUCCAAAAACAGAAGUCGCUGAAGAUUAUCACCAUGAUCAUCACUGCUUUCCUCCUCUCUCAGUUCCCGUACAAUAUUGUGUUGCUGAUCAAAGCCAUCAACACCUACACCGGGGUGGUGCACAGUUGUCAGGCUGCCAACCAGCUGGACAUCGGGCUGCAGGUCACCCAGAGCAUCGCCUUCCUCCACAGCUGCCUCAACCCCUUCCUCUAUGUAUUUGCUGGCGAGCGGUUCAGGAUGGCGUUGGCCAGGAUGAUGCAAAGCUGGGGCUGCUGCUGGAGCAGGGACCAGGAGCCCUCCUCUGCCUGUGACAGCCCAGAGCACAGCUCAAACUGGUCCUUUGCCAUGCUGGGGAGGCGGCGGGUCAGGAACUCCCUGAUCCUCAACACUCACUGGACCUCCUCUGUUAUGUCCCCUCCUUGCAAAGUCAUCCUGUAAGUUUGUGCUCACCUUCUCCUCUCCAGAGAAGCACCAAGCUCUUUGGAAAGCACCUGUAUACCCCAAAGAUUAUCCCAGAGGAGCAGAAAGGGUUGGGGGCCUGUCCUUGAUGUGCAGAACCCAGCUGAGGGUUGCUGGCUGAGAGAACAGGAAGCCUUUGGCAGAUGGGAGCAAAAUGGAACCAUACUUGCUAUAAACAGAACUGAUAGAUGUCAAAAACUAUCUUUGUGACAGCUGCCCCAUCUGCAGCUCAGACCACAACCUGAAAUAACAAGUCUCACUGUGUGUGAUAAACCCAGCUAUGGCUGCUACAGAGGCAGAUGAAGCGUUCUGUCCAUAGGAAGCAGCAGGAGGGCGUUCAGCUUUCAUUCGCUGUCAUACCAGGUUCCCCUAUGAAGGUGGCCUGACUCGGGAGCCCUGCCAGCAGAUUCCUACAGCAGAUUCCGUCCCAUGUAAAGGAGAAUGGCCUUUAGCUCUGACACUGCUUUGUUGCAGUGAGCAAAUGCUGCUCUCUGUGCCUGGGCAAAUGCAACUCUGGCUUCAUAGGUGGUUUUUCUUGCAAAGAAAAGCCAGUUGUUCACGUACAUAAAGUGGGCAUUGCAGAAUGUGAUCUGUCAUUCUCCUGUAUUUGAGCUGUGUGAUGUCAGGUACAAUGGCUCCUGUUUUGAUAGUGGAAACAAAUCACCCCUCACAAUAAAACAUUAAGGGUUUCAGAGACAGUGAGUUGUCUGUCCCAGGGAU